AUACAAGCGACUGGGAUAAGCAGGGAGGCUUCUGAAGAGGAAAUACAAGCAGCAAGAAACUUUCUCAUUCAGAAAUAUUCUGGGCACCCUAGUGUGGAUGCAAUUGAAUCAGCCCAUGACAAAAUUAUCAUGCAGAAAUUCUAUGAGAGGAAAAAUCCAAAAAUUGACAUCAAGAAAAAGGUUAGGGAGGUCAGGCAGUCUCGUGUUGUGCAGGCUGUUGUUAGCAGAUUCCAGACACCAUCAACAAAGUUCAUUAUCAAAACAUUUGCUGCAUUUUUGGUACUUGGAGUUCUCACUGUUGUCUUUCCAACUGAAGAAGGCCCAACCUUGCAAGUAGCCAUAUCAUUGAUAGCCACAAUGUACUUCAUACAUGAUCGGCUGAAGAGCAAAAUCCGAGCUUUUCUUUAUGGGGCUGGAUCUUUUAUUUUCUCCUGGCUAUUUGGAACCUUCUUGAUGGUAUCUGUGAUUCCACCUUUUCUUAAAGGGCCAAGGAGUUUCGAAGUGAUGUCUUCACUAUUAUCUUACGUGCUACUUUGGAUUUCAUCUACCUAUCUUAGGUAGGCAUUAAGAGAUCCAGUUUUCUUUCAUUGCUAGAUUCCUGUUUUGUCGAAGUGGACAGGUCAAGAGCUUCUUUGCUAGUGGUUCCCGGAUUAUAAGUCAUGCAUUGAAUUUUGCCAUAUUUCUAAGGCAUAGGUGAAGGCAAGAGAGUAGGUUCAGUUCCUGUUGUGCUAGGAGUAUGUCCCCAUGGAACUUGAAAGAGAAUACAGAAUCGAUACUUGCAAUCAUUUGUUAACAGUUAGGUUCGUGGUCCCAGUUUUGGGAGAAAGUGUUUAUGAAAUUGUUGUAUUUUCUUUGGAGAUAGGGUGUAAAACUACAUGAAGGUAAAGAAUACGCAUUGCGCAAUAUGGUUCUUUGCUCCAUGAGUACGUAUGUUCACAUCUAAUUUGCCUGCGCUUUGAUAGUCCUACCAUUUCUUUUGAGGCGAUACGGAAGUAGAAUUCAAACUCUGGUCAUUAAGUUUUUACUAAAGAGCUUCAUUUUAGCCAAGCUAUAUGUUCUCGCCAAUCGUCCUACUGUCUUGAGUGGGCCGAGGGUGUAAUUAUUCCAAAUCUUGAAUUAAGCUUAAGGACCUUCAUUGAGUAGACCCUGCCCGCAAUUACUGUGAUGUCAUUGAUGGUGAAGGCUUCUAUAUGCACUUUGCUCCACAAUUUUAUUGCUUUUAUGUAUUUAUUUUGCAAUUUUAGACAGUAACUGGUAGAUCUUUUGCACUAUGGACCCUCUGUAUGUCCUAUGCAUCACAAUUUUCUGUUGGCUAUGAACUGAGCUUCUAGUGACCUCUGAAGCGUACACGGAUUCCCAACUUCUGUUUUAGGCCAUGAAAUAGACUUUUGAUUGUAAUGUAAAAGUUUUUUUGUAAAGAUUGUAGCUAUGUCCAUAUUAUUUGCAACUUGUGAUUUGUGCACAA